AUGGGUGAAGAAGAUGAGGAAGAAUUGGAGGAUGAGGACGACGAGGAAGACGAUGAAGACGAGAAAGUCGAGGACGAUGAGGACGACGAGGAAGACGAUGAAGACGAGAAAGUCGAGGACGAUAAGGACGACGAGGACGACGAGGAAGACGAGAAAGUCGAGGACGACGAGAAAGUCGAGGACGACGAGGAAGACGAGAAAGUCGAGGACGAGAAAGUCGAGGACGACGAGGAAGACGAGAAAGUCGAGGACGACGAGAAAGUCGAGGACGACGAGGAAGACGAGAAAGUCGAGGACGACGAGAAAGUCGAGAAAACGAGGAAGUUGAGGAGGCGUGGAUGCGAGUGA